AUGGGUAAAGGCUUCAACAAUUACAUGUGUAAAAAAUUCUUUCAUCCCGCGUCCAGGGACAACUUAAAGCGGGUAUGGAUGGCCGAACAGCAGGCCGAGGCCUACAAGAAAAAACAAGAGGAACUUCGGAGCCAAUAUGAGAAGGAACAAAAUUUGCAUGAAAACAAGGCAAUGAUUAGUAAAGAGAGCAGGGACAAACUUAGUGUAAAUUUUAUGUACGAGCCGCCACCUGGAGUACGAAAAGAACGUGAAAAGGAUGACAAUGAACCAGAGUACAAAUUUGAGUGGCAACGUAAGUACAAUGCUCCUCGAGAAUCGUAUUGUAAAGGCGAUACUGAAAUUCGUGACCAGCCCUUCGGCAUUCAGGUCCGCAAUGUCAGAUGUAUAAAAUGUCACAAGUGGGGGCACAUCAACACUGAUAAAGAAUGUACCAUGUACAGCAUAUCGAUGAGUGAGGCCCGAAAACUGCAUUCAGAGGCCGAAGCUGCGGAAAUCAUGACCAAAUCGGUCUUAGAAGAACAAAUGAAAAAUGAUGGAUUGAUGAUGAAGCGAUCUGCACUAGAACUACAAAGCACCAACAGCCAAACACACGCUCUCGUUCCUAGCGAUCCCGAGGAUGAUAGCAAUGUCAGUGGGGAGCGUGAAAUAAAUCCGGAGAAGACAUUUCUGAAAUCGCUUACUAAAGAACAAAAGCUCAAACUACUUAAAAAACUGGAGAAGAUCGAAAAAUUAAAGAAGGACAAGAAAGAGAAGAGCGGUAAAAGGAAGUCAAAAUCAGACGUUUCUUCGUCUUCGGAAUCAUCCUCAUCUUCUGAUUCUGAGAAAGACGAUAGCCACAAAAUUUUGAAAAGUUCGGAUUCGCAAGAGAGGCAGGAAAAACACGACCGACAAAGAUCCAGAUCUCGGCAGCGUUCUCAGCAACGCGGUGGAUCAAUAUCUAGGUAUCGUAAACAGAGACGCAGCAUAUCUAGAUCCAGGUCUCGAGAACGUUAUCGUGCACGUAGCAAAUCAAGAUCCCAAGAGCGUUACCGCCGACAUAGACGUUAG